AUGGAAGAUCAAGACAACCAGGAUGAGCACGAUGAACUUCGGUCACAUACACCAAAUACAAUGUCAGUCGACGAGGCAGAUUAUCUUAAAAAUGAUCUGGAAACUUCCGAUAGUCCCGGCGACUCGUCACCCGUGAAAGAACUCAACUCGGUCUCGUUUCACGAACAAAAGUGGUCGCGCCUUCAUCGACACUACAAUGAUCAGUAUCUGGAGCUGUUCAGGACUACUUUAGGAGACGCCGACGAGGAGAUGUCUGGUGAAGACCUGUUCACGACCCAGUUGGGGGCUGUGGUAUGGCAGCCUUCGGAGAAAGCAGCCCUGUACAACGGUCUGUGCCGAAAAGGCCGACGCGACUUGCAGGGCUUGUCGGGUCUGAUUGGGACGAAGUCUGAGGUCGAAGUCAAAGCGUAUCUGGACAGUCUGCAGGAGCAAGAAAUAGACCGCCAACGCUUCGAACCUCAAACGAAAAACGUCUCACAUGCCGACAUCCCAGCCGCCAUAGAGAUCGGUUCUGAGGUUGAACCCCUGCUUGAUCAGGCCGCGGACGCUCUUGCAGCUUUUCAGGAGCAGUUUGAUCAUGCCGCCGGUCAGAGAAAUACCACGCUAUGGCUCAUCGACCAAGCUACGGCAUCCGACCUGGACCAGAAAGCAGACGAAGCUGAAGCUGCACGUGACCUUUCCGACCAGGGCUCUGGUGACGAGGAUGAGUCAGACUCUGAGGCGACAAGUCUGUUUCACCUCUCGGCGUUUCUGACUCUUGCCGAAGAAUACUUCAUGAACCAAGGCUCCGAUGGCUCAUACAAUUGGCGCAACCUUGCCGAAGAAGGACAGCGACCUGCCAUGACCAUGGACGUUGUGACAACUGUUUUCGAUCUUGUCGUCAACUUCACCAGGAAAUUGAUACAGUCUUGUCUUUUCGUGGCACAAUCACGAAUCCGCGCUUCGACGUCUGUUAAAAAGCACGAGCCCUUAAGGCUGGUCAAAUACGACGACGUGGCGGCCGCCUUGUCGAUAUUGAAUGUCAAGAACAAUGCAGACACCUUCUGGGUUGGCAUGGCCCGGAGGAACAACUUGUCAGUCGUGGACUACUCUUCUAGGAAAGAUAACAGCCGUGGAACGAUCAUGUCAUAUGAAGACGUGGAAUCCAGGUUGUCAAUCCCAUCACGAAGGAGGUCGAUGUCAACCGCAUCUGAUGACUCGAUACGAGGCCGUGCCACUUCAAUCGAACCCGUUAGACACAGUGAACUGGAAGAUGAUGCCGAAGGAAGCUCCGACACCGAGGAUGAUGCGAUUGCCGCUCCCACCGAAGAGGGUGCUUCCACUGGCGAAGAAAGUGACGACGAGGAUUCGCGUACCUCUGACGAACAGAGCAGGUCUUCCAGCUCCGAAGACGAAACACGACCAAACCCACCAGUGUCAAGACAGAAACGAAUCCUGCUUCUCGAAGAAGAACAAGAUGCGUACAUGGAACGGAUGGAUCAGGAGGCUAGAAAGCUGGAAGAGUCGCGUCUGCUGCAGCUUCUGGGUGCUCACGUCGAGGACCAGAUCAAAUCAGAAGAGUCACCUGACUUGGGGCCCCGGCCGAGAGUGAUGAGAAAGACAGUCGAGGAAUGUAUAGGCUGGUCAGUCCAGUAUCAGGCCGAGUGGGAACUCCUUGGAGAGAUGUUGCCACCUGGGAGCUUUUCAGCAGUUAGAUCUGGUGCCAAACGCAGGAGACUGGAACCGAAAGCCGUUCUUGACCUACCGGCGCCCUGA